AGUGUGAGAUCAUAUGAGAGUCCAGUCCACGCGUCGAAAAGUAGGUUAGCAGGGUAGACAGAGUGAAAGGCAGUCCGAACGAAAAAGGGGAGGUAGAGUAUUUGGGACCUUGCUUGCAAGCUAAACCACCGUGGGAGCAUUUUGUAAAAAGUUAUCGAAAUAGUGCAUCGAGACAAACAGGACACAAUUCAACUUGAACAGUCGAUUUGCUUUGUAUUUGAUUCACCAUUGCAAGACUUUGUCGAACGAUAAGGAAACACUCGCGGAUUGUUGCCUUGUUUAAUAUAUAUAUAUUUAAAAAAUCUAGUUCGUCAGGCUAAAUACGUUUUAUUUUACGUGCCAGCAAAUGCUUGUCUUUCAACAGUUGGACAUAUAUUUUUAUUCUGUUACACACCACAUGAAGUCCAAUUCAUUGAUCCAGAAACGAUAAUAUUCAACAUGAGAGCUCAAAUAGAAGUAAUACCCUGCAAGAUCUGUGGGGACAAGUCCUCAGGAAUCCACUAUGGAGUUAUUACCUGUGAAGGCUGCAAGGGGUUCUUCCGCCGCAGCCAGCAGAACAAUGCCAUGUACUCUUGUUCCCGCCAGAGGAACUGUCUUAUUGACCGAACCAGCCGCAACCGCUGCCAACAUUGCAGACUGCAGAAGUGUCUGGUGUUAGGCAUGAGCCGGGACGCGGUGAAGUUUGGCCGUAUGUCUAAGAAGCAGCGCGACAGCCUGUACGCUGAGGUCCAGAAGCACCAGAAGAACCAGGAGUGUCUGAACCAGGGUCUGCCACUGUCCAGGGAAGACGUGGCUGGGGGAGAAAGCAAGGGGGACAGGCACGGGGAGCUCAGUCGCUCCUACAGCAGCGGGGGAUCCAGCUCCACCCUGAGUGACCUGGAUGACAUCGCAGCGCUCCCCAAACUGUUUGACCUCCCCUUGACCCCACAGGAGGCCCACGAGUACUGCAGCCUGGACCUGCAAGAAGACCACGGCGGAAGCACUGGGAACACCUCCAAUUCUUCAUCACCAUCAUCAUCCUCGCCCAUUUCAUCCAAUCAGAAUUCUCCCCAGCAAAAUCUACUGGAUGUCACCGACGCCAAUGGGAUCAAACACGAGUACCAGAUGUUGUCGCACACACACGUGCUCCUGGCACACACGCACGCCACACUGCUAGAGACACUGCCUGAUGACUGCACUCUUAUGGAUAUAGAGCGUAUCACCCAGAGUGUGGUCAAGUCCCACUUGGAGACGAGUCAGUACAGCUCUGACGAACUGAAGAGGCUGACAUACAAUCGGAUGCAGUACUCACCUGAGGAGACUCGCAACUUCCAGUGCGAGUCUGCAGAGUCUGUGUGGCAGCAAUGUGCCCACCACAUCACCAAUUCCAUCCAAUACGUGGUGGAGUUUGCCAAACGCAUUACAGGCUUCAUGGACCUGUGUCAGAAUGACCAGAUCAUUCUGCUCAAAGCAGGCUGUCUGGAGGUGCUGUUGAUUAGGAUGUGCAGGGCAUUUAACGCCACCACCAACACCAUGUUCUUUAAUGGCAAAUUUGCCUCUGCCCAGCUCUUCAAAGCCCUCGGUUGCGAUGACCUGGUCAGUGCCGUGUUUGACCUGGCUAAAGGGCUCUCCCGCCUGCAGCUGACCGAUGAGGAGAUGGCUCUGUUCAGUGCCACUUGCUUGCUGUCCCCAGACCGACCAUGGUUAGCCGACAGCCAGAAGGUCCAGAAGCUACAGGCGAAGGUCUACCUGGCUCUGCAACACAGUCUGCACAUGAGCGGGGCUGCCGACGAGAAGCUAGACCAGAUGGUAUCCAAGCUGCCGAUAAUGAAGUCCAUCUGCAAUCUCCACAUCGACAAGCUGGAGUUCUUUCGUCUGGUCCACCCCGAGACCGCAUACAGCUUCCCACCACUCUACCGAGAAGUGUUCGGGAGUGAGAUCUCUCUCCCCGACUCUACAAACAACUCCUAGAGAGAACGAUGGAGUGAAUGUGUUAGAGAGAAAUAAGUAUGGAGGUAGGGAAGUGAAAGGAGAGAAUGAAUAAGUGAGGGAUAUAAAUAGUGACCUCAGAAAUAACCAGCUGUUAACGAGACAAUCCAGGACUUAAAAUACUCAGUCUCCCAGCAUCCUGUUGUGUUAGUCCACCACUAUCCCAGCAGGCCAUACAUCUUACACUACAGACUUCACCUUCAUGGUCCUUUUGUACCGUAGCACUUUGGACAAACUAAUGGGCGAUAUGCAUAUUCUACAGUAUGCACAUAGAUCAUUUAGCAUUAGAACAUAUUUUUUUCAAUGCUCCCCAACCCUGUCAUGAAUGUACCUCACUGACAAGCACCAAUGCACCAGCUAGAGCCCCACACCAAAUGUAAAUACUAACACCCUGCUUCAGUUUGAUUGUUCAAUUUAGAAUCGUUGUAAUUCUUUGGUUCUACUCAACAUACCCAGGGUUCAUUCAUUUUUAGUCCCACAGACAGUUCUUGGCGGUACCAUAUACAAUUGAAGUUGGAAGUUUAUAUACACUUAGGUUGGAGUCAUUAAAACUUGUUUUUCAACCACUCCACAAAAUACUUGAAAACAAACUAUAGUUUUAGCAAGUGGGUUAGGACAUCUACUUUGUGCAUGACACAAGUAAUUUUUCCAACAAUUAUUUACAGACAGAUUAUUUCACUUAUAAUUCACUGUAUCACAAUUCCAGUGGGUCAGAAGUUUACAUACACGAAGUUGACUGUGCCUUUAAGAAGCUUGGAAAAUUCCAGAAAAAUGAUGUCAUGCCUUUAUAAGCUUCGGAUAGGCUAAUUGACAUCAUUUGAGUCAAUUGGAGGUGUAUCUGUGGAUGUAUUUAAAGGCCUACCUUCAAACUCAGUGCCUCUUUGCCUCAUACCGUUCAGGAAGGAGACACGGUCUGUCUCCUAGAGAUGAACGUACUUUGGUGCGAAAAGUGCAACUCAAUCCCAGAACAGCAAAGGACCUUGUGAAGAUGCUGGAGGAAACGGGUACAAAAGUGUCUAUAUCAACAGUAAAAUGAGUCCUAUAUCGACAUAACCUGAAAGGCUGCUCAGCAAGGAAGAAGCCACUGCUCCAAGACUGCCAUAAAAAAAGACAGACUACGGUUUGUAACUGCACAUUGAGACAAAGAUUGUACUUUUUGGAGAAAUGUCCUCUGGUGUGAUGAAGCAAAAAUAGAACGGUUUGGCCAUAAUGACCAUCGUUAUGUUUGGAGGAAAAAGGGGGAGGCUUGCAAGCCGAAGAACAACAUCCCAAACGUGAAGCACUGGGGUGGCAGCAUCAUGUUAUACGGGUGCUUUGCUGCAGGAGGGACUGGUGCACUUCACAAAAUAGAUGGCGUCAUGAGGAAUGAAAAUUAUGUGCAUAUAUUGAAGCAAAAUGGUCUUAAGGACAACAAAGUCAAGGUAUUGGAGUGGCCAUCACAAAGCCCUGACUUCAAUCAUAUAGAAAAUGUGUAGGCAGAACUGAAAAAGUGUGUGUGAGCAAGGAGGCCUACAAACCUGACUCAGUUACACCAGCUCUGUCAGGGGGAAUGGGCCAAAAUUCAUCCAACUUAUUGUGUGAAGCUUGUGGAAGGCUACUCAAAAUGCUUGACCCAAGUUAAACAAUUUAAAGGCAAUGCUACCAAAUACUAAUUGAGUGCAUGUAAACUUCUCACCCACUGGGAAUGUGAUGAAAGAAAUAAAAGCUGAAAUAAAUCAUUCUCUCAACUAUUAUUCUGACAUUUCACAUUCUUAAAAUAAAAGUGGUGAUCCUAACUGACCUAAGACAGGGAAUUUUUACUAGGAUUAAAUGUCAGGAAUUGUGAAAAACUGAGUUUAAAUGUAUUUGGCUAAGGUGUAUAUAAACUUCCGACUUCAACUGCAUGUAGGCUACAUAUACAGUACCAGUCAAAAGUUUGGACACACCUAUUCAUUCAAGGUUUUUUUCUUUAUUUGUACUGUUUUCUACAUUGUAAAAUAAUAGUGAAGACAUCAAAACUAUGGAAUAACACAUGGAAUCCAUGUAGUAACCAAAAAGGGGUUAAACAAAUCAAAAUAUAUUUUAGAUUCUUCAAAGUAGAUGACAGCUUUGCACACUCUUGGAAUUAUCUCAACCAGCUUCAUGAGGUAGUCACCUGGAAUGCAUUUCAACUAGCAGUUGUGCCUUCUUAAAAGUUAAUUUGUGGAAUUUCUUUCCUUAAUGCGUUUGAGCCAAUCAGUUGUGUUGUGAGAAGGUUGGGUUGGUAUACAGUUUGGUAAAAGACCAAGUCCAUAUUAUGGCAAGAACAGCUCAAAUAAGCAAAGAGAAAUGACAGUCCAUCAUUACUUUAAGACAUAAUGGUCACUCAAUAUGGAACAUUUCAAGAACUUUGAACGUUUCUUCAAGUGCUGUUGCAAAAACCAUCAAGCGCUAUGAUGAAACUGGCUCUCAGGCUACGUGUAUCACGCCUUCAUGGUGGAAUUGCUGCAAAGAAACCACCACUAAAGGACAUGAAUUAGAAGAGUCUUGCUUGGACCAAGAAACAUGAGCAAUGGACAUUCGACUGGUGAAAAUCUGUCCUUUGGUAUGAUGAGUAGAAAUGAGAUUUUUUGUUCCAACCAUUGUGUCUUUGAUGCAGAGUAGGUGAAUGGAUGAUUUCUGCAUGUGUGGUUCUCACUGUGAAGCAUGGAGGAGGACGUGUGAUGGUGUCGGGGUGCUUUGCUGGUGACACUGUCAGUGAUUUAUUUAGAUUUCAAGGCACUCUUAACCAGCAUGGUUACCAGAGCAUUCUGCAGCGAUACGCCAUCCCAUCUGGGUUGCGCUUAGUGGGACUAUCAUUUAUUUUUCAACAGGACAAUUACCCAACACACCUCCAGGCUGGGUAAGGGCUAUUUGACCAAAGAGAGUGAUGGAGUGCUGCAUCAGAUGACUUGGCCUCCACAAUCACCGACCUCAACUAAAUUGAGAUGGUUUGGGAUAAGUUGGACCGCAGAGUGAAGGAAAAGCAGCCAACAAGUUCAGCAUAUGUGGGAACUCCUUAAAGAUUGUUGGAAAAGCAUUCCUCAUGAAGCUGAUUGAGAGAAUGCCAAUAGUGUGCAAAGCUGUCAUCAAGGCAAAGGGUGGCGACUUUGAAGAAUCUAAAAUAUAUUUUGAUUUGUUUAACACUUAUUUGGUUACUACAUGAUUCCAUAUGUGUUAUUUCAUAGUUUUGAUGUCUUCACUAUUAUUCUACAAUGUAUGAAAUAGUAAAAAAUAAAGAACCCUUAAAUAAGUAGGUGUCCAAACUUUGGACUGGUACUGUAUCUUGUGCAGGUAUGUACUCACCAAUUUUCACCAAGGGACCAAUUUUAUGAUUCAGUUAUUUAUCUGUUAAAUAUAAGAAGAUAUAAACCGGUAUGACAUGCCACACUACUUGGUGCUGAUCAUUGUCUGCCAGUAGGUUAAUAACAAACUCACAGAAUGGUUACACACACAUAGACAUAGGCACUUGUUCUGACAGUGUUUGGUGCUGCCCUUUGUAGGCUUUUAAAAUGCAAUGAGAAACCUCAGUCCCACACCCCCUUCCCUUGUUAAUGCCACUUAGAGACAAGAAAAUAAAUUAUCUUUUAAUUUAUAUACAAAUUUAUAAUUGAAUAUUUUAAUUAAGAAUGUAUAUAGAUAAAUGUGUGUGUGUGUGUGUGUGUGUGUGUGUGUGUGUGUGUGUGUGUGUGUGUGUGUGUGUGUGUGUGUGUGUGUGUGUGUGUAUAUUUAGAGAGCAUGGGGGUGUGAGGGAGAGAGGGAGAUGAGCGGAGAGAAAGAGAAAGAAAUGGACUUGAGUGAUCUCAUAAAAAGCACUCUCAGAAAAGUAUUUUUUUCCUGGACUGUUUUCCUCUCACUGGUCUCCACGUCAACACCCACCCCCAUUACAACCCAAUGGGGUUAUGUACUGUAUGUCAUGUGACCAAUGGGGAGGAGGCAGAACACUCUGCCUAGUGGAUACUCCCGGGGAAGGCAGUCCAAUCACACAAAGGCAAAGGUGGAGACACGUUCUUGGGCCAGUAUCUGAACUGCACAGACUAUGGCCCAACAUUGUCAAUGACCCAAUAUUGACGGAAACUUUGGACCCUUGCCUCAGGAGACCGCUGAAAUAUGUUGAGGAGAAGAGUUUCUCUGUGAGAGUACCUAACCAGUAACAGCCAGCCAAUAGGAAUAGGCUCCCCUUCACUCAUUGCUUUUCUUUGGGCUACAAUUAAGUUUGUAUGUAUCAUAAGCUUUCUUUGCUGGUUGGAUCAACUGUAUUAUUUUUGUACAUUGAUGUUCCUGUGUCCUCCACUCACUGUAUGUCAAAGAUAUUUCCUAUCCACUGUCCCACUGGGUGGGCACAAGUCUAAUGAUGGACUGAGCUACCAGCUACCCCUGAGUUAGGCUUUGAUGUUAAUUAGGUUUAUGAUUCAGACAGAGCAUCACUUACCCCUUUGAAGAGUAUGGACAGACAGCGUAUCCUGAUUCUAAUUCAGUCCUUAUUGAACUGUAAUGUUCCGGAACAGAAUAUUGAGAAUAAGGUUCUAAGAACUCACUCCAGAAAGGGUUCAGAGUGACUAUUUUGAGUGACUCAGGGAGCUAGCUGAGUUCAGUCUGGGUCCUCUCACUAGUGUUUUCUACUAGCCUUGUAUUCUUCUCACCUUGCACCUAAGACAAGACCCAUAACCUUGAUCAUUGUGUACGUAAGCUCUAUUUUGGUGAAUGGUACUCAGUGUCAAAUAUCUUUUCUCUUUAUUCUUGAUAUUAUAACACAAUCUGAAUUUUAAAGGACAAAAUCAAGAAAAUACAAAUAGAAUUAAAAAAUUAUUUUGUUCUUGUGA